AUGACAUUUGGAACAGCAAGUAAGUAUUUUUGAGGUUUGUAGUAACUUUGUUAAACUAAAUAUAAAAGUGGGUAAUGAGAACUUUUGUUACAAUAUACUUUUGAUACUAUGUAGUAUAAUAAAUACUAUAAUACCUAUGUUUACUUUAUGAGAUGAUAACAUUACCUUCCUUACGUUACAGACCUCUUCAACGAUCGUACAACUCCCGAAACAAGUAGUAUUUUCCGACCGGGCGUAGUCCUUCUACCAAAAGUACCAUCCCCAGACCUAACCGACGAAGACAAGAUACGAUCCUCCUACUUCGAGGCAAUGAAGACGUUGGCCGACCAAGAAGGCAUCAAACUCAGCCAAAAUCCCUCCAUUUUAGAUAUUAAAGAAGGGCUCAGAGACGAGCCGCGAGUGUUCCCAGCCAAGAUCUACCGACCACGUCACGUGGCUAGAUACCAAAGCUCGCCCAAGUUGUGUCAGAAGUUGCGCAUGUGUUGA